GACGGCUGCCCCUGGGCGUCGGAAGGCUCCGUAGAUAUGCCGGCAAGCUCUCUAAACUGUUUAAACUCGGUAUAGUGCCGUCUUAACUCCAGCUAGCUCCGGUCAAGAGAGUUCUUGAUGACAUGAUGAACGAAGGGAAAUGGGCCCUAGCUCGCGGCAUCUGUGGAUGCCGUCAUGGACCGUGGCCUCGGUGCUUUGAAUUCUAAAAGUUCAUACAUAAACUCAGUCCCCCUCACCCAGUCGCUGGCAUUUAUUGCCUGAUCAAUUCGUGCUCUCCAAGCUUUGAAGACAAAAACCGACUCCGAUAGUACCAUAUCAACAACGCGAGUCAGCUUAUCACAACACAACACACACAAUCAUGUCCGACAUCAAGUUCGAAGGAUGGCUCGGCCACAGCCCCGACAGUGUCAACGGAAAGAUGGAAUGGGGCGCAUUCGAGCCCAAGAAGUGGACUGAGGACGACGUCGACAUUGAGAUCUCCCACUGCGGUAUCUGCGGUUCUGACCUUCACAUGCUCCGCUCGGGCUGGGCUGAGACCCCUUAUCCUUGCUGCGUCGGACACGAGAUCGUCGGCAAGGCCGUCCGCGUCGGUAAGAACGUGAAGCACGUCUCCGUCGGUGACCGCGUCGGUGUCGGUGCCCAGGCUCGCUCCUGCAUGAAGUCCGACUGCCCCGAGUGCUCCAUCGGACGCGAGAACUACUGCGGCCGCGCCAACAUCAGCACAUACGGCUCCGUCUACCCCGAUGGCGAGGGCAAGGCCAUGGGUGGCUAUGCCGACUACAACAGAACCAAUGGACACUUCGUCAUCAAGAUUCCGGAUGGUAUUCCUUCUGAGGAUGCUGCGCCCAUGCUGUGCGGUGGUAUCACAGUCUUCUCUCCGUUGAAGGAGAACGGCUGUGGACCCGGAAAGACUGUCGGUGUCGUUGGUGUUGGUGGUCUUGGCCACUUUGCAGUGCUCUUCGCCAAGGCUCUUGGUGCUGACAAGGUCAUUGGUAUUUCCAGAAAGGCAACCAAGAAGGACGAGGUCCUGAAGCUGGGAGCUGAUGAGUACAUUGCGACCGACGACGACAAGGACUGGUCCAAGACCAAUGCCCGCAGCAUCGAUCUCAUCAUCUCUACUGUGUCCAGCGAGAAGAUGCCCCUGCAACAGUACCUGAGACUGUUGAAGGUUUACGGCACCUUCAUCCAGGUUGGUGCCCCCGACGGCGGAAACCUGCCUCCCAUCAACGCCUUCACUCUGCUCGCCAGCGGUAUCAAGGUUGGUGGCAGCGGUAUCGGCUCUCCCUCUGACAUCAGGGAGAUGCUCGAGCUCGCUGUUGAGAAGAAGGUCAAGCCUUGGGUCCAGAAGCGCCCGCUCAAGGAUGCCAACAAGGCUAUUGUCGAUAUGGAGCAAGGCCACGCUCGUUACAGAUACGUUCUGGUUAACGAGAAGCACGCCAAGUUGUAAGAGUAUCAAAAGGUUCGGAUUGGACUAUGUAGAUUAGAAGAUGAAUGACGAAAUGAUGAUGAGUUGAAGCAGCUGAGUCUAUGAAUCUGAUUGCAAACAUGUGCUCGCACGAAUUCUACAUUGCAUUUUCUUCAAUUUGUGGCUAACCGCGGUUUCUCAAGCUCGUGAGCGAUUGGGGCCAUGGCUCUAUCAACAACUAGGGUGCC